AUGACAGAACCCGUGUCGAUGGAUUUAGGAGGCGAUGACUGCCAUUUGUUUCGUAGUUUACACAAUCACUUGGGGAACAUAACUUUCGCCAGUCAGGAGGAGAUCGAAACUGACAUUUCAGAGUUCUUCGCUUUGAAACCAAAGGAGUUUUAUAUUGAUGGGAUUAAAAAGCUCUGUGACGGUGAUGUCACAUUCAAUGAUGACAUCUUCAAUGAGACAUUAAGAUUAAUAGACGACAAGGUUCAAUCACUGGGUGGAAACAAACUUGAAAUCUAUGGUCUUCCAGCUCCUCCUGUCAGAGAUGUUCAACACAGAUUAGCACAAGAGCUAAUCAGGGAAACAUCAUACAACAUGGAAAGUUUGCAAGCAGUUGUCAAUGAAAAGGAACCAAUUCUGGUACAGGAUCAAAAGGAAGUAUACUGGCAAGUUCUUACAUCUGUGGACAAUAACACUGGUGGGGUUUUCUUCUUAGAUGCUCCUGGAGGCACAGGAAAGACAUUAUUGAUCAACCUGCUCCUUGCCAAGGUAAGACAGAAGAAGAAGAUUGCUCUGGCUGUUGCAUCCUCUGGAAUUGCAGCUACACUCCUAACAGGUGGAAGAACAGCCCAUUCAACAUUCAAGCUGCCUCUGAACCUCAUCCAAAAUGAAUCUCCUUUAUGCAACAUAACAAAGAAUACAGCGUUAGCAAUACUCCUUACAUAUGCCAAACUCAUUGUCUGGGAUGAGGCAACAAUGUCCCAUAAGGCAGCCUUUGAAGCGCUUGAUAGAACACUACAAGACUUCAGAAACAAUAAGAAGAUCAUGGGUGGUGUCACCCUCCUCAUGGCUGGUGACUUCAGGCAAACGCUGCCUGUCGUUCCCAGAGGAACCAGGGCGGAUGAGCUGAGAGCUUGCAUCAAGUCCUCAUAUAUCUGGCAACAUGUCAAGCAGCUUACUCUGACAACCAACAUGAGGGUUCACAUUCAUGGUGACCCGUUAGCCGCACAGUUCUCCAACAAGUUACUUGACAUUGGAAAUGGAAAACUUCCUCAAGAUCCAGAAGAUAAUCUACAUCAUCUCCCAUGUGGCAAUAUGACUGCCUCCCUUGAAGAACUAAAGAGCAAGGUGUUUCCAAACAUUGCCACAAACUACAAAAGUCACAAGUGGCUACGUGAAAGAACAAUUCUGGCACCAAGGAAUGAUUCUGUAGACAAGCUGAAUUUAAAUUUGUUAACUCAGCUUCCAGGACCUGAAUGUUCAUACAGAUCAAUUAACUCUGUCCCUGAUCAACAACAGGCAACGCAUUACCCAGUGGAGUUCCUCAAUUCACUUCAGCCAUCAGGAUUUCCACCACACAUUCUGAUCGUGAAAAUAGGUGCUCCCAUAAUGCUAUUAAGAAACCUUGAUGUACCCACACUCUGCAAUGGAACAAGUUCAUUUAAUUCAUUUAUUUAUAGUAAAUUCCGACCCUCCAUCGCUGCCUGCCACCCAUAUUUUGUCCUACACAAUGAUCGCAUACGACAAUCCGAUUGCAGCUCUCCUCACUAUCCAUGA